UGAGCUCAGGGUAUCGCUUGUGCAGAGAACAGCAACGAUAUUAUUUUAUUCCGAAGUAUUUUUCAACAUUGCACUUGUCAUUUUCCCAUUAUUCCUCUCUUUUUUUCGUGCGUUCGCCGUCUCCAUUUUCGGUUUUUCUUUGGAGGGAAGGUGAGGGAGAAGAGGUUUUCUACGCUACAGAUAUGGGUUAAUGGUGUGUGAAAGAAGCUGCUGGUGAUCAUCCGUUUGGCUGCUGCUUGUCAGGUGCCAGUGGGCUAUAUACCUUUUCUCUCUGGUCUUUGUUUUUGCUGGUGAUCAGAAUUUCUACUAACGAGGUUUGCAUCUUCGGAAGUUCGUCGUGUCCGUUAAGUAGUAAACCAUCCAAAAGCAAAAAGUAGUUUUCUUCUGGUUGGAUUGAAGAUUUUUUUCUUAUUUAUGGAGAGAUUGAAUAAGAGAGUCUAUAACAGCUUAUUUUUUUGACAAAUUUUGAGGUUUUUGAGCUGAUAUCCAUCAUCAUCAAGAAUAAGAAAGAAGCAAUUUUGAAUUUUUGUGAAGGUGAACAGCAUUUCCUCCUGGUCUUUGAGGUUUUUGAAUCCAUUUGGGACUUGCUUUGGCCUGGAUCUGUUACCUGGUUUUAGCUGGUAAAAGGAUCAGGUCAUUGCCAUACCAGGAGAAGCGUUAUUAGAUUCUUUUCUCUUGGAACCAUGACGACUUUUCCUCGCGCUGAAUCAAGGAGAUCGUAUUCGUGGUGGUGGGACAGUCAUAUCAGUCCAAAGAAUUCGAAAUGGCUUCAGGAAAAUCUGACAGAUAUGGACAUGAAAGUUAAAGCAAUGAUCAAGCUAAUAGAGGAAGAUGCUGACUCCUUUGCGAGGAGGGCUGAGAUGUACUACAAGAAACGACCUGAGCUUAUGAAACUGGUGGAGGAGUUCUACCGAGCAUACCGAGCUUUGGCUGAAAGAUAUGACCAUGCAACUGGGGCUCUCCGCCAUGCUCAUCGAACAAUGUCUGAAGCUUUUCCCAAUCACAUUCCACUUGCACUGCCUGAUGAAUCUCUCUCCAAUAACACUCCAGAAUCGCCUUCACCUAGGCGAGCGAUGUUUGGUACUGAUGAUUUGCAGAAGGUUGCAUUUGGUAAUCCAACACCUUUUAAUGCUUUUGAUAGGAGUGCGCCACCUGAAGAAAAUGAAACCUUCGCAACCAAGAAAGGGUUAAAGCAUAUUAUCAAUCGAGAGGGGGUAGCACGUGUGAAAUUACCUGAAGGUGAUGAUAUGAAAGAUCUUAAUGUUCAUGAGGAUGAAAUAACAGCUCGUGUGAGAUUACCCGAAGGGAAGGUUAGGAGAAGUCUUAAUUUUGAGGAGGAUGAAGAAGAUGGCCCAAAUGCAAAAGUUUUUAUUGAUUCUAAAAGCCAUUUACAGCCAGAACUCAUGCAGAAAGAGAACGUCACAUAUGGAGUAAAACAUCUGCAAGAACAAGUUUCUCAGUUUUCAAAUGAGAACCAGAAGCUUAAGGCUCAAAUAGAGUUAGAAUCCAAGAAUUUGGAUUUAUCCAGGGGUGAAGUUCAGAAUUUGAGAAAUGAGAUGUCAAAAUUAGAAUCUGAGAAGGAUGCUGCUCUUCUGCAGCAGCAGUUAUCUCAUGAAAAUAUAUCUAGUUUGGAGAUUGAAAUCUCUAAAUUGAAAAAUGAAAUUAAGAAGCUCAAUGAGGAAAUGGAGAUGGCAGUCUUGAAGUUGAAUGGUGCAGAACAACGAUGUCUUGCAUUGGAGAAAGCAAAUCAGAGUCUACAAUUAGAACUUGAAGCAGCAAAAAUAGAGUUGGAAGAACUCAGACUUUCUAUAAAUCAGAGUGAACAGAAGCGUGAGGAGGCUGAAAUGUCUCUCCAAUUGAAGGAACAGCUGUAUAACCAGUCUAAUGAAAAGGUUAUGCGAAUGACAUUGGAAAUUCAAAGUCUUCUUGAGAAACUGAGGGAAGUUGGACAUAAUAAAGUGGGUUUAGAGGAAGAGGUUUCCCAACUUAAAGAUAUGAAUUCUACUCUAAAUGAACACAACUUGGCAUGUGCUUUGAAGAUGAAGCACUUGGAAGAUGAGAUAGUUUCCUUGAAGGAAAUAAAUGGUAAACUAGAAGAUGAAAUUGAAAUCCAGGCAGAGAACAAGAAAAUUCUUCAGCAAGAGUUUGAGUCUCUGAAGGAAGACAAAAAUGUGAUUGAAUUGAAUCAUCAAAGUCUAACAAAAGAAAUGGAAGCAGCCAGCUUACAUAUUGAAUCCCUAGAGACACAAGUGAAGGAUCUGCAAUAUGGUCAUACUGAACUGAAAGAAUGUUGCAGUAAGCUUGAAUACGAGAAGCUGCAAUUUCUCAAUAAAUUGAAGGAUAUGGAUUCGGUUUCUGAGAGGAAUUCAGCCUUGGAGAACUCUUUAUCUGAUGCAAAUGUGGAGCUUGAGGAGUUUAGAGAGAAAAUUGUAGUUCUAGAAGGUUCGUGCGAGUCACUAAAUGCUGCAGUUUCCACUCAUGUUAGUGAAAAGACUGCUCUAGCCUUUCAGAUAGAGACUCUUGCAGGGAAUGUGGAGAAACUUUCCGAAAAAAAUACGUUAUUGGAGAACUCUCUUGAUGAUGCAAAUACUGAACUCGAAGGUUUGCGCUUAAAAUUAAGGGACUUGGAAGAGUCAUUUCAAUCUCUCUCUCAUGCAAAUUCAGAUCUCAUUGCCCAAAAGAAUAAUCUGAUCUCUCAGUUAGAGAGCAUUCAGCAGAGUCUUAUAAAUCUGGAGACUACACAUGCUGCAUUGGAAGGCAAACACUUAGAUCUAGUGAAGGAAAAAGAUCUAUCUGUUAACAAAAUUUUGAAUCUUGAAGGCUCAUUGAGUGUUAUGCAGAAAGAGCAUGAAUCGCUUAUCCACUCAAAGAAUAUGAACUUGAACACCUUGGAAAACCAUCUUCAUCUCCUGCAAGAAGAUAAGCAGCUCAAGGAGGAGGAGUUAGAGGCAGAGCAACAAAGAUGCUUGUCUCAUAUGACUGAGAUUUUUAUUUUACAGAGAUGUCUUUGUGACAUGUCAAAUUCCUCAAUAAUUGAAAAGCAGAAGCACAAGUCCCUUAUCCAGUCGAUUGAGAUUCAACUGGCUGCUUUAGAAAGCCAUAUCCAUCUUCUGCAAGAUGAAAGGAAAGUCAGAGAUAUUAAAAUUGAGGAAGAAGAGCAAAAAUCCAUGAACUCUAUGCUUGAGAUUGUCAUCUUGCAGAGAUGCUUGUCUGAAAUGAAAGAGGAGAAUUUCACUCUCUUGCAGGAGUGUCAGAAGCAUCUAGAGGCCUCUAAAUGUGCUGCUAAGCUAAUCAAACAGCUCGAAGACAGAGAAUUAGUUCAGAAGGAAAACAUCACUCUAUUAAGGGAGCAUAUAUCUAAGGUCAGGGAUGGUAUCCAACUUCUGCUCAAACCGCUUAAUAUCAACAAGGAGCUGAUGAACAUUGAGGGAAGUGAAGUUGUCAUUCUUCCAGCUAUUCUGGGAGAGAUUAAGACUCUACUGGCUUCCAUUUCCGAUAUCCGUGAUGAAAAUCAACUUUUUUGUAUGGAGAUAUCGGUUUACCUCAGCAUUCUAAAGCAAACUGGACUGGAAAAAGUUCUUUUAAGUCAGGAGCUUGAAAAAAUAAACAAGCAAUCACAUUUUUUGGAAGAGGAGCACCGUCAGCUCUUUGGGGAAUACGAACAACUUUUUCAUGACAUGAGCGCCACAGAGUUUACAAACAUAAUUUUAAAAGCUGAAUUAGAAUCCUUCGCUAGAAAAUUAAUUGAUUCAUGGGAGAAAUGUUACAACUUGAUAGAAGAAAGGAAUGCUUUGGAAGAGGAAAACUGUUUAAUGUGUGUAGAUGCUAUGACACUGGAGAAUCUCUACUUGUUCUUUAGGAACCUAAAUGCAGAAAACAUGCAACAGUUGAAGUUGCUUAGUGGUGACAUGUGCUCUCUUCUUAAUGUCAAGAAUGGCCUUGAUGAAGAGAUCAGAGGAAGUAAAUCGAGAGUGAAAGCUAUUGAACAUGAAAACAAGCAGCUCAAGGAAUCUCUCAUCUUGUUGGAAGAUUUGAAAUGUCGAAAUACAAUUUCGGAAUUUGAUUUGGACUGUGUCUAUAGUUUCUAUGAAGAUCUGAUCCUUCAAGUUGAAGAUGGGGAGAAUUUGUUGAAGCAGAAAAGCAUGGAGCUGUCAAACUUGAAUGAUAUUCUUCAGUCUAAACAAGGGGAGGUUACUGAAUUAUGCAGAAAUAUUGAGGUCUCCAAUAAGGAAGUAGAUGAGGCCAAAAUCAUGAGAUCCGAUUUAGAGAAUAGAAUUGAAAAUUUAUUAGAGGGUACUGCCUGUAAAGAUAAGCAGAUUACUAAUUUUGAAGGAGAAAAUAGAUCUCUUCAUGAGGAAUUAAAUAGGUUUAAAUUUGAAGUUGAAGCACUUAGAUUGAGGGAACAAAGUCUUUCUAAUGAGCUGAUAGAAGAAAAAGAAGAGGUUGAUCGGUGUGAAUUAGAAAUCAUGAACUUAUUCAGCGAGGUUCAAGCUUCUGUAGUUAAUGCAACAGUGCUUGAUGAGAACAUGUUCGAGUUGGCUUCGCGAUGCGAGAGUCUUGACAUGUCUGCUAUGGUGCUGAGAGAGGCUCUGAAAGAGGAGAUUAUCUUAAAAAAUACACAAGCAGUUGAGUUGAAAAAGAAGCUUGAAGAUUUUGAAGAUGAGAAUGGAAAGCUCAGAACCAACCUGAAAGUGCUUAGUCCUCUCUUUUUUUCUUUAGGGAAUGGCAUUUCAGAUGUGGAGAAGCAUGUAUGUCAACUAGAAGAAUUCGAUCGAGAUCAGGAGAAUUCUUCAUCUGAUCAUAAGGAGAACCAUGAAACAAGCACUGGUGAUCAUGAUCAUUCCACCAUGUCAGGAGUUUUAGAGAUGCAGAACAUGAUUGCCAAAGUUGGGGCACUUAAAAACUUGGUAGUAGGUACCAAAGGUCACCUUGAUCACGAAAGACUCCAAUCUGCUGCCACGUUAGAGUCUGCAAGAAGAGAAAUUGAAGAGUUAAAGCUAAAGGAGAGCUCUACCAGGGAAGUAAAUCAAGGGAAAGAAACAUCGAAUACGGUGAAAGAUAUCGAACUUGAUCAAGUAUCGAGUUCAUUUGGUGCUAGUAGGAUCCAGGGCGCAGAAUCGAACGAUCAAAUGCCCAAUUCAUGGGAAGCCGGCACCGAUACCGACCAAAGCAACAGGGCGUCUACUGAUCAUGGCAUUGAGGCAGUAGAGGAAGUGAAGAGUGAGAGGCCUUCACCAGUGCUUGUAACUGGGAAAGAUUUUGGUGUUUAUAAAAUGGAAAUAUCCAAAGAGAUUAAAGAAUCCCAAGAAGAGUGGAACAGGAGGGUCAUCAAAAGGCUUGCUUUUGAUGCUGAAAAGCUCUCUUCUCUUGAGUCCAGCGCUCAAGAACUGAAGCUGAAGAUGGAGAAGUCUAGCACAAAUGCGCAGCAGAAUCGGGUGCAGUUUGAUGCCAUCUGGGCGAAAUUGAAAGACGCCGAAGUAGCAAUUUCUGAUCUUGUUGAUAGAAAUGAUAAGCUGACAAUGAUGGUCAAGUCUUAUUCAGAUUCCUAUAAUGGCGAAGAAACGGGGCGACCCGAGAGAAGCCAAAUAUUGGAACAUGCUCGAAACGCUUCCGAUAGGAUUGGGAUGUUGGAGUUGGAGUUGCAGAAGCUCGAUUAUAUAUUUCUCAAGCUCCAAGAAGAGUGGGAGAACUAUCCCUCCAGAGAAGGGGGUGAUAGGACUCCUAGAGUGUUAUUGAGGGACUACCUCUAUGGAAGAAAGGGCAGGAAGGGGAGGAAAAGAGACUUUUUCUGUGGCUGCAUGAGACCAAGGACACAGGAGAACUACUGAUUCUGGUUUUUCUAAGGUUUUUCUUUUACUCAACUAAUGGCCAGAGACUUUGUAAAUCAUGGAAGAAAGGCAUGUAAGUUUGUAGAAUAACCUUUCUUCUUUCUCUGCAUUGCUAGAUAGUUUUUGAGAAAUUUUUAUACCUUGAAAGGCUUAUGAUCUGAGGUUGUGUUGGGAUGUUUUUUGAGCUUUCCUAAGGGAAUGCAUUGUAUGAUGAGGUUUUUUACUUGUUUUUUGUUUUUACUUUUUUCUAUGCUGAUGCAUUAUAUCAAAUA